AAAUUGCUUGCUGGUGUUUUAAGAAAGCCAGAUGCCUGGAUUGGACUCUGGGGUGUUCUCCGAGGGACACCUGCGUCAUACAAACUCUGUACUUCCUGGAAUCGAUACUUGUAUUUUUCUAGUACCAAGUUACGUGCACCAAAUUAUAAAACACUUUUCCAUAAUAUUUUCUCACUGAGACUCCCAGGACUUUUACUAUCUCCAGAAUAUAUUUUUCCUUUUUCCAUAAGACUCAAAAGUAAUAUAAGCUCUACAAAAUCUACUAAAAAGUCUCUGCAUAAAGUAGAUGAAGAGGACUCUGAUGAAGAAAACGAUCAUGACGAGAUGAGUGAGCAGGAAGAGGAGCUUGAGGAUGACCCUACUGUAGUCAAAGACUAUAAAGACCUGGAAAAAGCAGUGCAGUCUUUUCGGUAUGAUGUUAUCUUGAAGACGGGGCUAGAUAUUGGGAGAAAAUGAGCAGACUGAUUUCCAAAGAAGUCAAGUGACUGCCUGCAAAUCCCAUGUGCCAUAUUAGAAAAUUUGAAUCUAAGACACAGUUGACUGUAAGAUGAACCAUUGAUUUAAUAACAGCUUCUUGAGGAGAAAAUGAAUCACCAUAUUAGAUGUAUGUAGCAAGCAUAAAAUGCACCAGGAUAUUUCACAAAUGCUAUAAUGUGAAACGGUACCUCGGCUGGGCACGGUGGCUCCUGCCUGUAAUCCCAGCACUUUGGGAGGCCGAGCUGCGUGGAUCACAAGGUCAGGAGUUCAAGACAGCCUGGCCAAUAUGGUGAAACUCUGUCUCUACUGAAAAUACAAAAAUUAGCCAGGCGAGGUGGCAGGCGCCUGUAGUCCCAGCUACUUGGGAGGCUGAGGCAGGAGAAUUGCUUGAACCUGGGAGUCAGAGGUUGUAGUGAGCCGAGGUCACGCCACUGCACUCCAGCCUGGGCAACAGAGCAAGACUCCAUCUGGAAAAAAAAAAAAAAAAAAAGGUACCUCUUAGAAUUAACAGCAUGAUGUAUAAUAAGAUGAUGGUUAAGAAUGCAGGCUUUGGCCAGGCGCGGUGGUUCAUGCCUGUAAUCCCAACACUUUGGGAGGCUGAGGCAGGCAGAUCACAAGGUCAGGAGAUCGAGACCAU